AUGGUUGGCAAGUGGCACGCGAUGCACGCCCUCACGCCUCGCUCCUCCCGCCUCCAGGCGUCCGAGGCGCGGGAGGGCGUGGCCAAGCGGGACGGGAUGCUCUCCUUCGUCUCCAAGGAGGUCGAGUCGGUCAAGUCGCUCUUCGCCCAAAAGGAGGGGGAGAUGCGCGUGCUGCUGAAGGCGAACGAAGCGCAGAGGAGGAAGGCGGCGCGCGACGUGUCGCAGCUCGCGAGAAUCUGCGACGAGUGGAGAACCGCCGCGGAGCUCGCCCCGUGA